AUGUCAAAUAUACAAGAUCAAUCACAUACAAAGACUUCCGAUGAUCUAGUUACCAAUGUAUUAUCUGAUCAUGUAGCUCCUUAUCGACCUUUAUCAGCUAAACGUCCACGUGAUCCAUCUCAACGUAAAAAUGUUUCAUUUAAUGAUGUUCCUAUUGUACAUGAAGUACCAUUACAUGAUACAAUGCGUAAUUCGAAUUGUGAUACAUAUCGUUCAUGGACAUAUACUGAUGUAACACCAUCAUCAUCUCUUAUUUCACCAUUUUCUUCUUCACAAAUUCUUCCACCUUUUAAUUCAACAAAUGCUGCAACACAAAAAUUAAAUGCUCAGCGUUUAAGUAAUGCUUUAUAUUCUUCAACAAAUAGUACAACAUCAACUCGAUUACCAGAUUGGAUUAUACGAACUAAAACAACUAAAUCGACAGAUGAACAUCAUACAAAUUUGAAUUCACCAUUAGUUAUUGUAAAUACACAUGAUGAACGAAUAAUUAAAAAUUCAUCUAAUAGUCAACAAGUCACUUCUGAUAAUACAGAAGAAAAAAAAUAUUCAUAUCGUUCAGCAGUUGUACCUGAUGCCGAACAUUAUCGAACUCUUCCAUUUACAUAUGUACCAUUAUCUGAGUCAGCUUCUACAUAUACAUCGAUGUUAUCAACAAAUUUUAAUCCAUCAAAUCAAUCUUCUCAUGAUCAAUCUUCUACUGGACAUACACGUAUAAGACGUAGUCGUUCAGCUACUGUACCAAUAACUGUAACUCAUUCAUCAAUACGUAAUCAUGAUAAUGUUUCAAUUACACCUAUUCGUACAGCAGCAACAACUGCUUUAUCAAAUAGUUUAUUAACAUCAUCAUCAUCAUCAUCACGAGCAGUUUUAAAACCAUCAACAAUUGCUUUUCAAUGUUCACAACCAGCAACACCAACUGCAAAUACUUGUCCAACAUUAGUUGUUACAAAUACAACAGCAACAACUUCAAAAUCACCACAGGUUUCAUCACGUUUAAAUUCAUCACCUGUUCAUUCUCGUUUAACUUCAUCUACAAAUCGACCAUUAUCAUCAACAAUUAAAUAUGCUUAUGCUCAUCCAACAACAGAUUCAAUAUUAAAAUCAUCACCUACUGUAUUUCCUCGUUCACGUUCUGCAAAUAUUUUAACAACAAAACGUAAUCUAGCUUCACCUGCUGUUAUGCUCGAGGGACAAUCAGGAGGAACUAAUCAUACAAAUAUAUAUGCAACAACAACAACAACAAAACGCAAUCCUAAUACAAGACAACCUUAUGGUUCUCAUUAUAUGCACCAUGUUCUUUUACCAGCGAAUAUUAAUUGA